CCCUGUGAUAAUUCCCCAAGACACGAAGCAUCAUGAAGUGGUUGAUUCUGGCAUUAGUUUGUGUCCACCUGUCAGAGGGCUUGCAUAGAAUCAUUCUGAGGAAAGGAAAGUCCAUCCGUGAAAAUAUGAGAGAGAAUGGUGUGCUGGAAGAAUUUUUGGAAAAAUACCAUAUUGAUCCUGGAUUAAAAUAUCAGUUCAAUAAAUUCAGUGUUGCAUAUGAACCAAUGACCAAUUACUUGGAUUCUUUCUACUUUGGAGAAAUCAGCAUUGGGACUCCACCACAGGAUUUUCUGGUUGUUUUGGACACUGGCUCUGGUAUUCUGUGGGUACCUUCCAUGUAUUGUACAUCAAAGGCCUGUGAAAACCAUCAUACGUUCUACCCAAGCCAGUCAUCUACUUAUAAAAGCUAUAGUAAACAAACUCUCAUCCUGCACUAUGGAUCUGGUAGCUUGAGUAUCAGGACAGGCUAUGAUACUAUGCAGAUCCAGAAUAUCAUAGUUCAAAACCAGCAGUUUGGCUUGAGUGUGUACGAACCCACCUAUCCCUUCUACUAUAGCAACUUUGAUGGGAUUUUGGGCAUGACCAAUCCUAUUCCAGAUUACAAGGAGGCACUCUUGUACCAGAUGAUGAGUCAAAACCAGAUUUCUGAACCCAUUUUCAGCUUUUACUUCUCACGCCAACCAACUGUUCAGUAUGGAGGAGAACUGAUAUUGGGAGGCAUUGACCCUCAGAUGUUCACUGGUGAAAUUACUUGGGCCCCUGUGAUUCAGCAGGCUUACUGGCAGAUCAAUAUUGAAGAGUUUACUGUUGGCAACCAGGCUACUGGCUGGUGCAGUGAAGGCUGCCAGGGCAUUGUGGACACUGGAACAUUUUUGCUAACUAUCCCAGGACAGUAUUUAACAGAUUUCCUUAUGGCUGUGAAAGCUCCUUAUGAAAAUUCAUAUGAGGUGGACUGCAACAAUGUCCAGAAUAUGCCUACCAUUACCUUUUUCAUUAAUGGAUCCCAGUUCCCACUACCUCCUUCUGCUUAUGUCUCCAAUAACAAUGGCUACUGUGCACUUGCAAUUGAGCCAACAUAUGUGCCUUCCCCAAAUGGGCAACCUCUAUGGAUCCUGGGCGAUGUCUUCCUGAAAGAGUAUUAUUCUAUUUUUGACAUGGGUAACAACAGGGUAGGUUUUGCACCAUCAGCCUAAACUGAUGGUGCCAAAUACUAAUUUCCUGUCUGGUUUAAUGGAGUUGAUUGUUUGGACUCUAGCAAAAUAUGUUUAAUUAAAUUUGUACAGCAAAUUGUUUAUUAAUUGUAUGUUUCUCAAGAUUUACAUACAACAUCAGCCACUUUACAUACAGUUUGUUCACUUAAGAUCCAUUGCUACACAGAAAUAAAUUCUAACAUGCCA